AUGUGGAGUAACAUCAUUCAGAGGAUAAUCUUCCUUUCUCUUACUGGACCUGGAAUUGUGGGCAACAUCCUUGUAUGUGUGAGACAUGUGUACAGUUUUUUCACAGGUCCUGACAAAAAACCCAUAGACCUCAUCCUUAUCCACUUGACUUUUUCUAAUGUCAUCAUUAUUUGUAGCACAGGGAUAAGAGAGAUAGCCAAUGUUUUUUAUGUCAGAAAUUUUCUAGGUGAUGUGGGUUGUAAACUUGUGAUUUAUCUGGAAAGAGUGGCUUGAGGGCUUUCCAUCUGCACCACCUGUUUGCUCAGCAUGAUCCAGGCCAUCACCAUCAUCCCCAGGACCACCCAGUGGAGAAAGCUCAAACCUAAGACUGCAUGGCAAGUUCUCCCCUAUCUCCUUCUCUUUUGGAUUUUAAAUUCUCUGAUAAGCUCCAACUUGCUCCACUAUAUCACAGCAGUCAAUAAUACGAAUGGAUCUGGGCUUGGAAUGUAUGUUGUGUAUUGUCAUAUGCUACCCUCUAUGCAAAUAGUUAGAUGGCUUUUCCUCUCCCUCAUGGCUCUCCGGGAUGUGAUCUUUCAGAGUCUCAUGGGCUGCAGUAGUGGGUACAUGGCUUUCUAUCUGUAUAACCAUCAUAACAGAGUCCUUUAUCUUCAUAGCUCCAGGUUUGCAAACAAUCCUAGCCCAGAAAUCAGAGCUACUCUAAGUACCCUUAUUCUUAUGGCCUGUUUCCUUGUCUUUUAUUGGGCAGAUUUCAUUUUUUCCUUCUAUACAGGUUCCCUCAUGACCUUUGACUCCAUCAUAAUAAAUAUUAAAGUAUUUCUAGUUCUUGCUUAUGCUAGCCUCAGCCCCUUUGUUCUGGUCAUCAGAGAUAUUCGUGUUGCCAAAUACUGGUGUUCUUUCUGA